GCAAUAUUUCACAAAAGACCUAUCUUCAAUUCUUCUGUGCAUCCUCUCUGGCUUGCUCAAAGCAGUGAAUUUCAAACUUCAUCAGAAUUCUCCCUCUUUGUAAAAUGGGGAAUUGCUUCUCGACAACAGUUGAAUUUUGGACGACUAGAAUCAAUCUUUGGCUCGUAGAUAAUGGAGGUUAUACUCACAACCUCGAGAAGAAUCUCACGGCUCUUGAGAAAACCAUGGAAGAUCUCAAGGCUAAGCGAGAUACUUUGUUAGGAAGGGUCAAACGGGAGGAGGAUAGAGGUUUGCAAAGGAGUGCAGAAAUCAAGGUAUGGCUUACUAGAGUUGAAACUAUCGAAAAAAAUGUCAACGAGCUUCUUAGUGCUAGAAAUAAUGAACUUGAAAGGCUUUAUCUUUGUGGGCUUUGCUCUAAUGAUUUAAUAACGAGCAAUUUGUACGGGGAAGCUGUUUUCUCAACCUUAAGAGACGGUGAGGAACUCAAAUGUAGUGGAGUUUUUGAUGUGAUUGCUGACCAACCUCAAACAUCCGAGGUGGUACAAAGACAACUUCAACCGACAAUUGUUGGUCAAGAAAUAAUGCUCGAUGAGGCUUGGGAACAUCUCAGGAAAGAUGGUGUUGGUAUUAUGGGUCUGUAUGGUAUGGGCGGAGUAGGAAAAACAACGCUUCUGGAACAAAUCAACAAUAAGUUCAGUGAAGAAAGGUGUGGAUUUGACUUUGUGAUUUGGGUUGUGGUGUCUAAAGAGUUACAUGUAGAGAAGAUUCAAGAUGAAGUCGCUCGAAAAGUUGAUCUUGGUGGAGGGGAGUGGAAAGAGAAGGAGAAGACACAAAAGGCCGAUGUUUUAUUCACUUUCUUAAAGAAAAAGAAAUUUGUGUUGUUUUUAGACGACAUAUGGGAGAAGGUGGAAUUGAAAGAGAUCGGAAUCCCGUUUCCAACAGCACAAAACGGAUGCAAACUGGCAUUUACCACUCGUUCCCAGGAUGUGUGCGCACACAUGGGGGUCAAGGACCCAAUGGAAGUCCAAUGCUUGGAGGAAAAUAAAGCAUUUGAUUUGUUCCAAAAGAAGGUUGGACCAAUAACACUAGGAAGUGAUCCGGAUAUCCCUGAUCUUGCAAGAAAAGUUGCUAAAAAAUGUUGUGGGCUACCAUUGGCGCUCAAUGUUGUAGGGGAGACCAUGUCAUGCAAGAGAACGGUACAGGAAUGGCGCCACGCUAUAGAUGUUUUGACUUCAUACGCUGUAGAGUUUUCUGGCAUGGAAGAUAAGAUCCUUCCGCUUUUGAAGUAUAGCUACGAUAAUCUUAAGGGGGAGCAGGUCAAAUCGUGUUUGCUAUAUUGCGCAUUAUUUCCAGAAGAUGCUGUUAUCCCCAAUAAAAAAUUGAUAGACUACUGGAUAGGCGAAGGGAUUAUUGAUGGAAGUGAAUGUGUUGAAAAGGCUGAGAACGAGGGUUAUGGUAUUAUCAGUAGCCUUGUUCGUGCAUCAUUAUUGAGGGAGUGUCGGAUACGUGACCCUACUGUGCGUAUGCAUGAUGCUGAUCGUGCACAUCCUGCAUCAUUAUUGAUGGAAGUGCAAGUGAUUGAAUAUGCUGUGCGUAUGCAUGAUGUUGUUCGUGAAAUGGCCUUAUGGAUUGCAUCUGACUUGGGAAAACAAAAAGAGGCAUUCAUCGUGCGUGCAGGCGUUGGGUUACGUGAAAUUCCAAAGGUUAAGAAUUGGAAGAUUGUGAGAAAGAUGUCACUGAUGAAGAACCAGAUUCACCAUCUCGCCGGCAGUGCUGAAUGUUUUGAACUCACAACUUUGCUCCUGCAAGAUACGUCUUUGGCAAAAAUAUCGAGUGGAUUUUUCAACUCCAUGCCAAAGCUAGUUGUUUUGGAUCUAUCGGAUAAUAGAGCUCUCUCGGAGUUGCCAGAAGGAAUAUCAAAACUAGUUUCCUUGCAAUAUCUCAACUUAUCAUGGACUGCUAUAACUCAUUUAUGUACAGGUCUACUACAGUUGAUAAAACUAAUUCACUUGGAUUUGAGGGAAACAUAUGAACUUUCGAGUAUUGCUGGGAUAUCAAGUCUUCACAAUUUGAAAGUUUUGAAAUUAUUGCAUUCUGCUUUUUUAUGGGAUCUGGACGCAGUGAAGGAGUUGGAAAGCUUGGAACAUUUAGAAAUUUUCGAUGCGAGAUUGGAGCUCUCACAAGGUUUCCAGCAAUUUUUGAGCUCUCAUAGGAUAACGAGCUGUACACGAUCUGUUGAGUUCCGGCCUUGCGGGGAUGGUUUGCAUUCAUCUGAAAUAUCUCUUCCAGUAACUAUGGACAAGCUUUGUGAUUUCAGAAUUGAGGAUUGCAGUAUCUCUGAGAUAAAGAUGGUAAACAUCGAAACCAAGACAGUUUCUCCUCUACACAAUCCAAGAAGCCCACGCUUCUCCUGCCUCUCCAAAGUGGAUAUAAAGUCAUGCAAAUACUUGAGGGAGUUGACCUUUCUGAUGUUCGCUCCAAAUCUUAAAAGUCUUUAUCUUAAUAAUUUACCUGAACUAGAAGAUAUAAUAAACAAAGAGAAAGCUUGCGAAGGUAAAGAAUCAAAGAUUGUUCCGUUUCGAAAGCUGCUUUUUCUUUGGUUGUGUGAUCUACCGGAGUUGAAGAAUAUCUAUUGGAGUCCUCUACUCUUACCAUGUCUAGAGAAAAUCAGCGUUUACAAUUGUCCAAGCCUGAAAAAGCUUCCACUCAAUUCCCAAAGUGGCCCGCAUGGUGAAUAUGGACUCAUCAUAGAAUACAUCGAGUUUAAAUGGUUUGAUGGUUUGGAAUGGGAGGACGAAGCUACCAAAACCCGUUUCGUACAUUUAUCAAAGCCAUUAAAAGGCAUCUACGAAAGCAGAAGGUGAAGAAGUCAUCUCGGUUUUUUCCAAGAACUCUUUCCCUCUCUCUCUCUCUCUCUCUCUGGGUUGCUUCCCUUGAAGGCACUAUCAUUCUUUGUGUGUUGCAAUGCAACUUGCAUAACAUUUAUACUUUGGGUUAUUCCAAAGAGAAAUCUCUUUCCCUUUGUUGCAUUGUGUGAGUUCUCUGUCUGCUGUUGCAUUCUGUAAAAUUAAUACAACUUCACUAUGUGUUGCUUUAUGUGAGUUCUUUUCUUA